AAAACAACUCUUCCACGUUUUGAAGCUUAAUUAACGUUGACGAUUAAACCACAACCCAAAAAACAAAAAUGUCUAGAACCAAAAACUACUUUGUGUUGGAUCCGAGAGAAGCCACCGUCUCGGAUCUUAUACAUCUUCUCUUCUCAUCGGAUCUCGGAGAUAGAAAGUUCAUCCAUUCUUCGGAAGAGAGGAUUGAGGAUGAUCUUUCCAGAUUCCGGCGACGGUGGAUUAUCUUUGUAUCCAUCGUUAUUCAAAAACUCAUAAUUCUCUUUAAGAAACCUCUCUAUUUUGUUGGAUUUUCUCUUGCUUGUUGGCUCAACCUUCUUUCUUCCAAUGGUGGUUUCUUGAUGAUACUCCCAAAUCUUUUCAAAGGAAACAUUAUUUGGCCGGAAAAAGCAUCAGCGACGUUUGCAUCACUAAACGGAAACCUAGACCGGCGGGUAGAGUUAAACCCGAAAGUAGAGAGAGGAAGUAAAAGAUACAAAGCAAUGUUGUCAAUUAUGGCUUCUAAGCUGUCUUACGAGAAUAUAAACUUUGUCAGCUCCGUUCUUCACAACCAUUGGAAGAUGGACUUAUUAGGUUUCUACAGCUGUUGGAAUGGUUACCAGAAACAAAGAUCAACGGAGGUGAUUGUUAUAAAGGACACAAGUACAGAUCCAAACCUCAUCAUCGUUAGUUUCAGAGGCACUGAUCCUUUCGAUGCCGAUGAUUGGUGUACAGACCUGGAUCUCUCUUGGUACGAGGUUAAGAAUGUGGGAAAGAUUCAUGGCGGGUUCAUGAAAGCUUUGGGCCUUCAAAAAGAAGGAUGGCCUAAAGAAGUAAACCUUGACGAAACCCAAAACGCAACAACUCUAUAUGCAUACUACACUGUUAGGCGUCACUUAAAAGAAAUCCUCGACCAAAACCCGACAUCUAAAUUUAUAUUGACCGGACAUAGCCUAGGUGGGGCUUUAGCGAUCCUAUUCACGGCUGUUUUGGUGAUGCAUGAUGAGGAGCAAAUGCUAGAGAGACUAGAAGGAGUUUACACAUUUGGACAGCCACGCGUAGGCGACGAGGAGUUUGGAAAUUUCAUGAAAGAUUCACUAAAGAAGUUUGACGUGAAGUAUGAAAGAUAUGUUUAUUGCAACGACAUGGUUCCUAGGUUGCCUUUCGACGACAAAACACUCAUGUUUAAACACUUUGGGGCAUGCCUUUACUAUGACAGUUUCUAUAAAGGAAAGGUUGGUUGCAUAUAUAUGACAAUCUUGUUUCUUUGCUUUAAUCACUCAUCCGUCUAAUGUCGCUUACGCACUUACCCUACUGAUGAUAUCUAUCUACAUUGUUGUUGUUUAAUUUGUAUUAUGUUCAGGUAGAGGAAGAGGAACCAAACAAAAACUACUUUAAUCUCGUAUGGGUUUUACCAAAGAUAAUGAAUGCACUGUGGGAGUUGAUACGUAGUUUCGUCAUGCCUUAUUGGAAAGGUGGAGAGUUCAGAGAAGGAUGGUUCUUAAGGUGUUUUAGGGUUGUUGCAUUGUUGAUUCCUGGAUUACCUGCUCACUUCCCUAAUGAGUACAUCAAUGUUACUCUUUUAGGUGACUUACCUGACUCGCAUCUUGAUUAAAUUUUGACGAAGUCAUAAAUUCUUUUGAAAAGUUGAUGUGUUUAGCUUUUCUAGGGUCUCGUUUCGGUGAUGUAGGUGUUAUUUUCUUAUUUUGGCCUUAGAUCAUCCUUUCUUUCUCGCAAUGAUUCUACGUCUCACUUUAUCUUUAUCUGCAUCAAGAAAAGAAAUGCAUAAAUAUUUCAAUAAAUACUU